AUGGGGCACACAUCAGCGUCCUUCGCCACAGUCGAGCCUUCAGAUGAUUUGAACGCGGAAACUCUGCAGCCUCGACGGCCGGCAGACCUGGAGAGCAUCCUCACCAUCGCAGACCUUCGGAAGCUGGCACAGGACAAGAUUCCGAAGAUGUAUCGAGACUAUUUCAACGACGGAGCUGACGAUAUGAUCACGUUGCGGGACAACGAGGCGGCCUACGAUCGCUACAAAAUCCGACCAAGAGUGUUGGUAAAUGUUGAGGAUCUCCACUCCAGCUUGGAGAUGUUCGGAGCACCGAUUCCAGUACCUAUAGGUUUUGCCCCUUCUGCAGCACACAGGCUGGCCCACCCUGAGGGCGAAGUGGCCACAUCUAGAGCGGCUGCCAGAGCUGGAAUCCCCAUGGGACUUUCAUCCUGGUCGACAGCUUCAAUCGAAGACGUUGCAAGCCAAGGCAGCGGUAACCCUUACAUUAUGCACCUGACUAUCAUGAAAAAUAGAGAGCGGACGAUUCAGACCAUCCGCAGGAUCGAGAAAGCCGGCUUCAAGGGUGUUUUUAUCACGGCCGACACUCCCGUACUCGGUCGGCGGCUCAAUGAGUACCGCAACCGCUUCGUCCUUCCUGCCGGGGUAGAUUUCCCGAACAUGCGCUUCGUUGAGACUUCCUUGGAGAAGGAGGGUGUUAACAAGGGAGCCAAGGGCUUCUUGUCCGUCAUCCAUAUCGAAAGAGAGCUCGGAGAGGCCUGGGACACAGUGAUCCCUUGGUUGAAGUCACAGACUAAACUACAGAUUUGGGUCAAGGGAAUCUACCACCCUGAAGAUGUCAAGUUGGCCAUCAAGUACGGCGUGGAUGGGGUCGUGAUCUCGAACCACGGGGGUCGGCAAUUAGAUGGUGUUCCCGCAAGUCUGGAUGCCCUCAGAGAUUGCGCGCCCUUGGCAUUUGAUCAGCAUGGGCGCCGCCUCAUCCAGGUUGCGUUCGAUGGAGGCAUCAGGCGAGGGUCUGACAUAUUCAAGGCCAUCGCCCUGGGAGCCCAAAUGGUAUUCCUUGGGAGAAUCCCUCUCUGGGGUCUAUGUGUCGGCGGAGAGCAAGGCGUGGUCAAGGCUUUAGAGAUCCUAACACAGGAGUUUCGACAGACUAUGGCUCUCGCAGGGUUUGUAUCUGGUCUAUCACUUGACGAUUCAUCUCGAUUAACAGUGGUAUAG